UCGAAAUUUCAAAUUUAAAAAAAAAAAAAAUUGUAUCAAGUACUAUUUAAACUGGAAAAAAUUUUUCAAAAAAUAUUUUUUUUGGUGUCAAUGAAAAAUUUCAAAUUUGGGAUGAAAAAUCUGUGAUUGAGUGGCAAAAAAAUGAUGAUGAUGGUGAUAAUGAUAAAAAGGAGAAGAAGUGGUAGUUUAUUGAUGAGUAGUCGACUUGGAAACGAGUUGUGCUUCAAGGAAUCGAUAUCAUUCAGUGGAGCAGUGCGACAGGAGAAAUUUUCCGUUUGACCAUAUAAGGAACAGUGGGUGAAAAAAAAACAGUUUCAAAAGAAAUAAUUUUUAAAAAAUCACCGAAAAAAACAAUUUUUAACAAAAAAACGAAUUUUCAAAAAAAAAAAAUACAAUUUUCAAAGAAAAAAAGUUUUUUAAAGAAAAAAAAAACAGUUUAAAAAAAGUGAAACAGAAGAAAUGUUGGUGUGUUGGGUCCUGGCAGGUGUCCUUGGAGCAAUCGUGCUCCUUUAUGUGAUUGUGGAAAUUCACUAUUUCCUCAGGAUGUUAAUAACCGUAUUCUUUGCUCGAUUUUGUCGUAAACGAGUUCACAUUCUCGACGAGACUUCUGUUUAUGGUAUUUGCACCUUAACAGACGUUGAUACUCUUUUGUAUCAUAUGAAUAAUGCCAGAUACUUGAGGGAACUGGAUUUUGCACGAGCAGAUUUUUAUGAAAGAACAAAUUUGUAUAGAGAAAUUUGUUCACAAGGCUCAGGACUUGUGCAAGGAGCUGCCACAAUUCGUUAUCGGAGGUUCCUAAAAGUCUUCUGUUUUUAUAAAAUAACAUCUAAGAUUGUUUAUUGGGACGAUAAGACAAUUUUCAUGGAACAUCGAUUUAUAACUCCAAGUGACGGUUUCGUCCGAGCGAUAGCAAUUUGUCGACAACGAUUGUUGGAUUGCAACGCUGAAGCUAUCGUGGGUGCUCUUAUCAAUAAAGGAGUGAAACAAAAUGGAAAUAUUGAGGCUGGAAUCACUCAGAUUGCAAACGUGAGACCAGAAAUCCCACCGGAAGUGGCAAGGUGGAUUGAAAGUAAUGAAAUAUCUUCAGCGGCGUUAAGAAAGACACCAGCUGUAAUUUCAAAUUGCUGACAAAGAGAUGACGCCAUCGCAAAUGGCG